AUGACCGCCGCUUACCCUUCAGCGCCUCCUUCUGGCAUGUUUGGAAGUGUUCCUGGAUAUGAGGGCAUUGGAGGAGGAGGAUUCCUGCCCCCCCCUGUGCCUCUGGAGCCCCUCCCACCUCCACAGCCUGGCCCCGCCCCCGAUGACUGGACGAUCCCUUCUCUCUCGGAGGACGAGGCACAGGAGGCCUUUAAGAGUUUUGCCUCCGGCCACUGCUGCUGGAGCUCCGCCCCCGCCAAGGACGGUGUCAUCACCGGGAUACAGGCGUACAACACGUACAGGUAUCGUUUGGAGACCUACACUGAGUCCAGAUCCACAGAGUGGGCCCAGAAACCACACGAGGGUGAAGCGGCUGACUUCUACACUCAGCCCGCCCCUCGGCCCUGGGAGGUGGUGGCCACGCCCCCAAGUAACUUCACCAAUCAGAAGCAAGAGAUUAGAGUACCUUUUACUGCCUCUGUCAAGGACUGCUCCGAGUGCCGUGCUUCUGGGACGAAGCCGUGUGAGACCUGCAAAGGAGACGGGAAGAAAAACUGUUGGGUUUGUUCUGGAGCCGGAACUAGAGAUGGACAGAACUGCAGCCGCUGCAACGGGACCGGAUCUGAGAGAUGUGACUCGUGUGAUGGACGUGGGACCUCUGACUGUGACGUCUGCAAAGGGAAGAGACGGAUGCUGGCGUACAUCAAACUCACUGUGGAAUGGAAGAACCAGUGCGAGGACCAUGUGGUUCAUCAGGAGUCUGGACUGAAUUCUGAGGACCUGAAGAGUGUCCACGGGAAACAGCUGUUCACCAACUCUGCUUUUAUGCUCUAUCCUCUGAUGGGAUUCCCAAACGCCGCAAUUUCUGAAGCUUCAGCUCGAAUGAUUCAAGAUCAUCAGACCAAAUACUCUCAGAACGGGAGGAUCCUGCAGCAAAGGCAGACAGUGGAGCUGAUCCCAAUCUCCAAAGUCUCGUACAAAUGGAAAGGAGACACCCACAACUUCUACGUCUACGGCAACGAGCGUGGUGUGAGCGCGGACUACCCGGCAACCUGCUGCUGUGCCGUCAUGUGA